AUGGGGAUAUCCUUUCAGACCAAAAAAGCAGCGAUUGAUGAAACUAUUGGAGGGCCCGCUAAGGGCGAAGGCGAAAACGACGAGUGUUGCAGUGCUUGCUUGAGGAUGGGUCAAGUCCCACAGGUGCAAUGUGUCAACAAAAAAGGUCAAACUAACAUAAACCCUUCAGGACGUGGAGGGGCAUUGGCUGGCAUGUGGGGCAGUGCGUCAGCUAAGGAGAAGUUGACAACAAAAAUAUUAAAGGAGACUCAAUUUUCUGUGUGGGGCAACCGAGCCUACCCUAAGAUCGGCGCCCUGUCGAACCGCGAAAGAAACGGGAUUGGAGCUAAACCGGGCUACGGGUCUCGUCUGAGGGAAGAGGCUCGGCGCUGGAAGAGAGGCGCAAGCUUCGAUUAG